AUGACCGCGUUCAACAUGGAGGAGGAGAAGGACGAGGGCCACUUCGACGCGGACGGCAACUUCGUGUGGGACGACGAGGCCAAGAAGGUGCAGGAGGAGGCGUGGCUGGACGGCGUCUCGGAGCAGCAGAUGGGCGCAGCCAAGAGCGCCAAGAGCCGCCGCGAGUUCCGCGACGAGCAGGCGGAGGAGACGCUCACGACGGACGCGGCCAACCGCACGCUGGCCGCGCUGCUGAAGCCCCGCGAGACGGUGCUGCAGGCGCUCAAGCGGCUCGGCUCCAAGAAGCGGGAGCGCGUUCGGCCCGGCAGCAAGCGCAAGCAGGCGCAGAUGAAGGAGACGCAGCCGGCGCAGACGGAGGAGGAGAAGAAGCAGUUCGAGCAGGUCACGGAGGCGGCGGACUUCCUCAUGAGGUCGGGCGAGGUGGACGUGUACAGUCAGAUCAAGGAGGAGUUCGUCCCCGAAGAGGAGCUGCUGGCGCAGCGGAGAGAGAGGAGCGUGCAGUUCGCUGAAGAUAGCGAGGGCAAGAGCGAGGAACACCCGCCCAAGCAGGAGGUCAUGUGGGAGUACAAGGCUACGGACGGUCAGAUCCACGGACCGUUCCCUACCUCAAGUUUCGUUGCUUGGCAGCAGCAGGGCUACUUCAAAGGGGAGUCGGCAGUAGAAAUGCGGCAACAAGAGAUGCUCAAUGACUUUGAAGACAGCGACGACGAAGAGGAGGCUCCGGCUGCUAAAGACAAGGAGAAGGCGGGCGAGAGCCCAUGGAAGCGAUCCGAUACGAUCGAUUUUUCCUCAUAUUAA